CUCUCCCCGAGCGCUCGCGCGGACCCGGCGCCGGCGGUGGCGGCCGGCGGCUCGGCGCGACCCCUCCCGGGCGGCCGUGGCCCGCGCUCCGCGACAUGCCCCGGUGACCGAGCGGGAGGCGAGCGUGGCCGAGGAGUGGGAGGAAGAGGCUGUGUGUGUCAUUAUGUGUGCGUCAGUCAAGUACAACAUCCGGGGUCCUGCCCUUAUCCCGAGAAUGAAGACCAAGCACCGAAUCUACUACAUCACCCUCUUCUCCAUUGUCCUGCUGGGCCUCAUUGCCACUGGCAUGUUUCAGUUCUGGCCCCAUUCCAUUGAGUCCUCCAGUGACUGGAAUGUAGAGAAGCGCAGUGUCCGUGACGUGCCAGUGGUCAGGCUGCCAGCCGAUAGUCCCAUCCCCGAGCGGGGCGAUCUUAGUUGCAGAAUGCACACGUGUUUUGAUGUCUACCGCUGUGGCUUCAACCCAAAGAACAAAAUCAAGGUGUAUAUCUACUCUCUGAAAAAGUACGUGGAUGACUUCGGUGUCCCAGUCAGCAACACCAUCUCCCGAGAAUAUAACGAACUGCUCAUGGCCAUCUCAGACAGCGACUACUAUACUGAUGACAUCAACCGGGCCUGCCUGUUUGUCCCAUCCAUCGACGUACUUAACCAGAACACGCUUCGCAUUAAGGAGACAGCACAAGCGUUGGCCCAGCUCUCUAGGUGGGAUCGAGGUACAAACCACCUGCUGUUCAACAUGUUGCCUGGAGGUCCCCCAGAUUAUAACACAGCUCUGGAUGUCCCCAGAGACAGGGCUCUGUUGGCUGGUGGUGGCUUCUCUACGUGGACUUACCGGCAAGGCUAUGACGUCAGCAUUCCGGUCUACAGCCCGCUGUCAGCUGAAGUGGACCUUCCGGAGAAAGGACCGGGUCCCCGGCGCUACUUCCUGCUGUCCUCUCAGAUGGCCGUCCACCCCGAGUACAGAGAAGACCUGGAAGCCAUCCAGGCCAAACACGGGGAGUCAGUGUUAGUACUGGAUAAAUGUACCAACCUCUCAGAGGGCGUCCUGUCAGUCCGUAAGCGCUGCCGGGAGCACCAGGUCUACGAUUACCCCCAGGUGCUGCAGGAGGCCACUUUCUGUGUGGUCCUUCGUGGUGCUCGGCUGGGCCAGGCGGUACUGAGUGACGUUUUACGUGCCGGCUGUGUCCCGGUUGUCAUUGCAGACUCCUAUAUUUUGCCUUUCUCUGAAGUUCUGGACUGGAAGAGAGCAUCUGUGGUCGUGCCGGAAGAAAAGAUGUCAGAUGUGUACAGUAUUUUGCAGAGCAUCCCGCAAAGGCAGAUUGAAGAAAUGCAGCGGCAGGCACGGUGGUUCUGGGAAGCGUACUUUCAGUCAAUUAAAGCCAUUGCCCUGGCCACUCUACAGAUUAUCAAUGACCGCAUCUAUCCAUAUGCUGCCCUCUCCUAUGAAGAAUGGAAUGACCCUCCCACUGUGAAGUGGGGCAGUGUGAGCAACCCGCUCUUCCUCCCAUUGAUCCCACCACAGUCGCAAGGUUUCACCGCCAUUGUCCUCACCUAUGACCGAGUGGAGAGCCUCUUCCGGGUCAUCACUGAGGUGUCCAAGGUGCCCAGUCUAUCCAAGCUGCUAGUCGUCUGGAAUAACCAGAAUAAAAAUCCUCCAGAAGAUUCUCUCUGGCCCAAAAUCCGGGUUCCAUUGAAAGUUGUGAGGACUGCUGAAAACAAGCUGAGUAACCGUUUCUUCCCAUAUGAUGAAAUCGAGACGGAGGCUGUCCUGGCUAUCGAUGAUGAUAUCAUCAUGCUGACCUCUGACGAGCUGCAGUUUGGUUAUGAGGUCUGGCGGGAGUUUCCUGACCGCUUAGUGGGUUACCCAGGUCGUCUGCACCUCUGGGACCACGAGAUGAGUAAGUGGAAGUAUGAAUCUGAGUGGACCAACGAGGUAUCCAUGGUGCUCACGGGGGCAGCUUUUUAUCACAAGUAUUUUAAUUAUCUAUAUACCUACAAAAUGCCGGGGGAUAUCAAGAACUGGGUGGAUGCUCAUAUGAACUGUGAAGACAUUGCCAUGAAUUUCCUGGUGGCUAACGUCACGGGGAAAGCUGUCAUCAAGGUAACACCACGAAAAAAAUUCAAGUGUCCUGAGUGCACAGCCAUUGAUGGGCUUUCACUUGACCAGACGCACAUGGUGGAGAGGUCUGAGUGCAUCAACAAGUUUGCUUCAGUCUUUGGAACAAUGCCUCUUAAGGUGGUGGAGCACCGAGCAGACCCUGUCCUGUACAAAGAUGACUUUCCUGAGAAACUAAAGAGCUUCCCCAACAUCGGCAGCUUAUGAAACAGGCCCCUGGCGGGGGUCCUGAAUGUUAAGCUUGGACGGAGGAGGAGAGCACAGCCUCCCUGACACUCUGAUAUCAGGGUGUGGGGGAUCUUCAAUUGACGUGCUGGACUGUGACACCUAACCUGCUUCUACCAGAACCGGAACCUAAAGAGAACAUCUAAGCACCUUGAGUGGUGCACACCCUGUUCUAGUGUUUUUUAUCACCUCCAAUGGGCUCUUGUUGAAUAUGCCAAAUGGAAGUCUUUGUGGCAUGCUCUCAAUCUCAGGUGCCCUUUGUUUGCAAUUCUAAUAGGACAAUCUUAGAGGAGAAGUCACUGCCCCUAAGACUGGAGAAGACCAACCUACUGGCCAUAUUAGAUUUGGGGAGCCACGUACAUAGCUUACCUUUAGCUACUUCAAAUCAAUUGAGUUCUUAGGAGGAAAAGUCAAACCAAGAAUUUGGUGCAAAAUCCCAACAUCUUAGUGGGAUUUGACAUAUGCCCUGGGUCCUGGGACACUGGACCCAUGUGUAGGCAGAGGACCGAGUACUGAAUUGGGAUCCUGUAAGUUCCAUGAACCAUUCCUCUUUGGUUUGGCUUUUUGAUAUGAUUAAAAUAAUUUUUUAUUCCUUUUUA